GUGAAGCACGGUGGUGAAGAUGGUUAGAAUGCACUUAAUAGGGCCACUGUCACAGGGCCGGGUCAAAUGGCUGAGUCUAAUGGGAACAGGAGUCCUUUAUCUGCUGCUGCUAUCAACCUGCCUCGGCCAAGACACCGAAGAUUGGCAAUAUGAGGAAUGUAAACUGUCUCGGUCGGGUCCUCCUGCUACCAUCGUUGCCAUAGAUGAAGAGAGUCCCAAUGGAACAUUGUUGGUGGAGAACAUGCAGAUAAAUGGUGUGGCAGAGGGUCCGGACCGUACCAUCUCUCUUUCCCUAAGGGAUAACCAUGACUACUGGGUGAUUCUUGACCCUUCCAAACAAGCCCUUUACCUCAACAGCACCGGACGGGUUCUGGAUAGAGAUCCCCCCUCAUAUAUUCAGUCCAUUGUGGUUCAGGUUCAGUGUACCAAUGAGCUGAUAGGCACAGUGAUUUUACAUGAGGUCCGCAUCGUCGUUCGAGACCGCAAUGACAACGCGCCACGUUUCCAGCAGCCAAGAUACUAUGUCGCUGUCAAUGAGCUGACACCAGUAGGAACCACUAUCUUCUCUGGUUUCUGGGGGAACAAUGGGGCGACAGACAUCGAUGAUGGUCCCAACGGGCAGAUAGAAUAUACGAUCCAGUACAACCCAAAAGACCCGACUGCUAACAGAACCUUUGACAUCCCCCUGACACUGUUUGGUGCCGUCGUUCUGAGAGAAAGGCUCAACUACGAGGAGAUAACACGGUACCUGGUCAUCAUACAGGCUAACGAUCGAGCCCCCUACCCCAGUGAGCGCCGCACAGCCACCACCACUCUAACUGUGGAUGUACUGGAUGGUGAUGACUUGGGACCCAUGUUUUUACCGUGUACACUUGUGGGAAACACCCGUGACUGUAGUCCCAUCACGUAUAAGGCCCAUGUACUGGAGCUGACAGAGCCGAGUAAAGUGAAUCCCCUCAAUGUGACUCCACCCAUACAAGCUGUGGACCAAGACAGAAACAUACAGCCUCCCUCUGACAGACCAGGAAUCUUAUACUCCAUCCUCAUUGGCAAACCAGAGUCCUAUGCAGAAUAUUUCAGCUUAAACAGAACCACAGCGGAGCUCCUGCUACUCAAGCCCAUCGAUAGAGAGCUCUACCGCAGAUUUGAUCUGGUUAUCAAGGCAGAACAGAACAAUGGCCACCCACUGCCAGCUUUUGCCAACCUCCAAAUUGAAGUUCUGGAUGAAAACAACCAGGCACCAUAUUUCCUGGAGACCAGUUACCAUGGCUACGUCAGCGAAGCAUCACCAGUGGGGACCACCAUAGCGACCAACGCCAGCCUGUCAGCACCACUCACUAUUAUAGCUCUCGAUAACGACGUGGAGGAGACCAGAGAUCCUCAGCUCCAGUUCUUAUUGGACAGCUAUUCUAAUGUUUUCUCUGUGUCUGCUACUGGAAUCAGAAGAUAUCUCAACCUACUGCAGCCACUGGACAGAGAGACACAGGACUCCUAUACAUUCACGCUGUUAGCAUCAGACGGCGUCCAGCAGAGCAUUCCGGUUACCGUGACAAUAACAGUUUUGGACGCUAACGACAACACUCCGACUUUUGCUAAUGUCUCCUAUAAUGUCAACCUUUUUACCAAUAUGAUGCCUGGUGAAAGUAUAAUACAGCUGUCAGCAGUAGAUUCCGAUGCAGGUCCCAAUGGUCAAGUCACCUAUCGGAUCUUAGCUGGUGACCAGGGACAUUUUCUUAUUGGAAACAGCACCGGGAUCAUUACUGUGGCACCGAGUGUUGAGCUCGUCGUGGGGCGCAGCUACGCUUUGACUGUAGAAGCCAUGGACAAUGGACCUGUGCCUCACAGAAGGUCAUCCAUUACCACUGUCUAUAUCGAAGUUUUGCCCCCAAACAACCAGAGCCCUCCCCGUUUCCCCCUGCAACAAUACAACAUAGAGAUCAGCGAAGCUAUGAGGACCGGAGCAACACUGCUUAAUCUACAGGCUGUAGAUCGGGAGAGGGACCCCAUCACUUACAAAAUCCACAGCGGAGACCCUCAUGGACAUUUUUCACUACAGCAGAGUUCAGGGUAUUUGGUUCUGGACAAGCCUCUGGACAGAGAGUCUGUGGAUUAUUAUACCCUGGUGGUCACAGCCUCAGACGGACAGCCAGAUGGGACCUCCACUGCGAUGGUGAACAUUGUGGUGACAGAUGUUAAUGACAAUGACCCGCUGUUCGAAUGCUUCCUGCCUGUAAACCUCACUGUCAUCGAAGAGGAGGAUCAUGCCUACGUCGGACAAGUCAAGGCUACAGACGCAGAUCUGGGGGCAGGCGGUCAGGUCCAUUAUCGGCUUGUCAACCACCAGAAGCUCUUUUCCAUCAAUGCCACAGGAGCGAUCAGAACCGCUGUGCCGCUGGACAGAGAGGUGAAGGGUCACUACUUUCUGAUCGUUGAAGCCUCCGAUGGUGCAGUGGACCCCCGGCGAUCCAGAUUAACUCUGUCUGUCACUGUUCUGGAUGUGGACGACAACAGCCCGGUAUUCACCCAACAAACCUACAAUGUCAACCUACCAGAGAACAGCCCCAAAGAUACAGUCAUUUUACAAUUAAAGGCGAUAGACGCUGACCUCGGCUCCAACCUCACAUAUCAAAUCAGGACCGAAGGCUCGGACAGGGAGAUCCUUCAGCUAUUCCACAUCGACCCCGUGACAGGGGAGCUGACCGUUCUUAAGGCCCUGGACUACGAGUCACUAACGGACUCAGAGCCCACAUACACGUUCACUGUAGAGGCCUUGGACAGAGAGGGGACCAUGCCUCCUGGGUUAGCCUCUGUUACUGUUAGGAUAAUGGACAUGAAUGACUUUUCUCCGGUAUUCAGCCAGUCAGUGUACCGUGGCAUGGUUGCUCCUAAUGCUGUCAAGGGAACCAUCGUAACUACAGUGGUGGCCAAUGACUCUGACCCUGCGGGGACCCCAGCAGGUCUAGUGCGCUAUAAAGUGGACCAGCAAGCGUAUCCAUACUCUGCCAGUGUAUUUGAUGUAGAGGAAGAGACGGGACACGUGGUGACCAGAGUGAACCUUAAUGAGGAGCCCAACCUCAUGUUCAGCCUGAUAGUGGUGGCCUAUGAUGAUGGAGAGCCUGUAAAGGAGAACACAACUCUAGUAGAGAUCACAGUCCUUCAGCCCUCUGUCAUUCCUGUGUUCACCCGGGAAGAGUACAGGUUUGCACCAGUGAGUGAGGAGGCUGCUGUUGGAACUCCGGUGGGAGUCAUCAUGGCAGCUGCUGUCAAUCAAACUAUCGUGUACUCCAUCAUCGAAGGCAACAAGGGAGGGGUGUUCGCAUUAAACGAAACAACAGGAGUGAUCUCCACAGCCAAGCCUCUGGACUACGAGGCCAAUUCCAGCUACACUCUGAAGGUAGAAGCGGACUCCAUGAGAGUGGUGUCCUCAAACCUCCGAGCUCCCUCGAAGACUAACACAGCUAAGGUGGUGAUUGACAUCCAGGAUGAGAACGACCACCCACCGGUUUUCACCAGACCUCUCUACAUUGGAGGGGUUGCAGAAGAUGCCAAAACCUUCACCUCGGUCUUGCAAGUGCAGGCUCUGGACAAAGACACUGGUAACUACAGUUCGAUGAUGUACCGGCUGAUCAUUCCCCCUCCCGCUGGCAGAGACCCAAAAGACAGCAAAGACGGUUUCGUCAUCGAACCUUACAGCGGUGUGGUGAAGACCGCAAUCAUGUACCGCAACAUGAGGAGGUCGUAUUUUAAGUUUGAGGUGGUUGCUACAGACAACUAUGGUCAAGGGCACAGCAGCAAGGCGGAGAUAGUGGUGUCAGUCGUAAACCAGCUGGACAUGCAGGUUGUCGUAUCAAACGUCCCUCCAACUUAUGUGGAGAAAAACAAAGACAAGCUGCUCAGCAUUUUGGAACGCUACGUCCAAGAUCAGAUACCGGGGGCUAAGGUUGUCGUGGAAACCAUCGGGCCACACCGCCAUGGUGAUGGAAUGGAGCAGGAAGACUACACCAAGUCGGACCUCAUGAUUUAUGCUAUUGACCCUCUGACAAAUAGAGCUGUAUCUAGACAGGAGUUGUACAAGUUUCUCGAUGGGAAACUCUUGGACAUCAACAAAGAGUUCCAACCCUUCCUCCCUCCCGGUGGACGGAUUCUGGAGAUCCGAACCCCUGAAGUGGUGUCCAGCGUAAAGAAAGCUGUGCAGGCUGUAGGCUACACAGAGGGGGCGCUGUUGGCUCUGGCAGUUAUUAUCAUCAUCUGCUGUGUCCCUGCCAUACUAAUCGUUAUUAUCACCUACAGACAACGCCAGGCAGAGUGUGCCAAAACAGCCCGUAUCCAGAUGGCAAUGCCAACGGGCAAACCUGGGGGAGGCACUGCCAACAACCUGUAUGAAGAGCUGGGUGACAACGCCAUGCGUGGAUAUGGACAGCAAGAGACACAACAACUUCUGCGACCUUCUCUGCUCAGACCGGAGGAGUUAUCAAUGGAAUCCGGCAUCGACCCCGGCCAGGACUACUACACACAGGACUAUUACAACUACGAUCAUGGGUAUGACCUUCCUCAAUACGGCAGUCGCAGGAAGCUGAUCUCACCAUCCGGCCUCUACGAUGAAUAUGGAGAAGUUGUUGUCGAUGAUGACGGCAGCUACUACUACAGCCCACAGGAGUCUGACGGAGAGCAUGGCAGUAGAAAACGUCGGAUCAAGUUGGUGGUGGACCGAGAGUAUGAGACCAGCUCCACUGGCGAGGACAGCAUGCCGGAAACCCAACGCAGCCGCUUAUCCACCACCCUCAACAGCCACGCCAACGUUAACGGCAGCAUCUACAUGGCCCAGAACGGCUCCAUCAUCCGCACCCGACGUUCAGUAACCACCACGGGUCCCACACACACACACACCACGAACAACAACCUCAAACUCACCUCCCCCAUCUUCAGCUCACGGCUGGCAAAGCACUUUAAAAAACUAGAAAAAAUGGCCGCCACCUUGGAGGAAAGAGUACCCCUGAACAACCCCAGAACAGCAGCAGACGGCGGGUGCCACACACUGCACACCUUCCAAAGCCCAGGGAUGGCCACCUCCGUGACGGCCACAUCAGUCCCUCUCUAACACUGACAACACUAAAACGCUGAACGUGUUAAACACUCGACAAUCCAGCGUUUCUUUAGGGUCAACCAGCACCAGCAACACAGGCCCUGAAAGCCUGGCAUCGAAAUCUAACUUGCUCAAAGUGGCACCGGGCAGGGAGCAGCAGCCUCAGAGCACAGCCGAGAUAGAUGAGUUGAAAGAGGGCGAGAGAGAGUCAAAAGUAGAUGACAGCAAUGAAGACGACGAUGACGGCCUCGUUAUGAGGGAGCCAUUGGAGUGCCCAAGUGACAGGACGCAGUCAGAUGAGGAGGAAUUAUGGAUGGGCCCGUGGAACAGCCUUCACAUACCCAUGACCAAACUCUGACUGAUAACUGAUGCCACUGUGCUUGCUCCUUAUUGCCAAGAUCAUUAAAGCAUUCAGACAUCAUUUCUGUUCAUUAGUUGAGGAACUAAUGGGGAUGCUCCAAUCCAAUUAAAAGAAAUCUAAUUAACAGACUGGUGAGGUUAAGACUCCUCACAUAUUGACUAGAAGAAUUUCAUUCAUUUUUGUCUAAAUUCACAGACAGGUGUUGAGGAUACAUUAAAAAAGAAGAAAAACUUGGCAUCUAAUUGGUUAUUUUUCAAGUUUGUUCAUUAAAUGUAUGUUUUGUAACAGUAUCAGUAUCAGAGCAUCCCCUCAGCCCAACUGAUCUUAAGAGCUGCAAACACCUUCAGAAAACUUGACCUAGAAUGAGAGGACUUAUAUUUCUACUUUGCUAAGAGGUAAUGACACGAACUGGAGGAAAAAGUCUGUGAGCUUUUUAUGGCCCUUUAAAGUGACUGGUGUCUCUGUCUGGAACUGCACUUGUUUCAUUCAGUAUUACAGCCACUGGUACGAUUCAUCUUGAAUUGCCUGACACUUUUCAUUGACACGUGAAGUCUUGUAUUGUUCAAACUUGCCUUUUUAUCCUUGUCAAGCUGCUUGGCAAACUUUAUCCAAAUAAAAAAAAAAAACUAUUUCAUCCA